AUGAUGACUGAAAAGCUUAGUUUGACUUGUGAUCGACUCCUAUCUCACCGGCAACUCGCAUGCUGCCACUCUUACUGUGGCCUACCAGUGCAUGGCAAGGAAAUGCUGAUUUACAGUAAUUCGGACACAGCUCUGAAGCCCCUGCUGCUAACUGGCCACCAUGGUGAGGUCACUGCCAUGACUUUUGGAAACGGAAGCAGACCUGUUCUCCUCUGCUCUGCCUCUGCUGAUUAUAUCAUUGUCUGGGACAUUGAGCAGUGCCAGCAGAGAGCACGUGAGGGUAAAGUUGCAGCUGGAACAGUCAUUGGGACUUUGCUGGGUGAAGUCGUCCAUCUUUCAUUCUGUUUCUCUGAUGAACGAGUGGCUGCAUGCUCAGGAGCAACUGUAUAUGUUCUCAGCUCAAAGAGCCAUGAAGUGAUCUCCACCUUGACCGGUCACCUCGGACCUUUAACAUCAGCAGAGUUCUGUCCUUGGAAUCAAGACAUUCUUGUCACCACAUCAGAGGACCGCACUUUUAAGGUGUGGGAUUUAAAAACUAAAGCUGUUUGCUAUCAAUCUUUUGUGCUUUCAGCCUCUCCACUGCUCAGUGUGUUCUUUUUGGAGGAGAACAGGCAUCUCAUCACUGGCUCAACUGAUGGACAGGUGUGGUGUUUUUCUCUCCCUGCGGAUCACAAGUGUCACCUGGUGACCAAAAUGGACCUUCACAAGAUGGAAAAAAGUCAUGUAAUGCACCGAGGGAAUCAUCACGCAGGUGUCACAGAAAAAUCAGCUGUAGAUAAAGUGGAGACUUCAAAACCUGUCCUCAAGAUGACUUUUUGUAGCUCAUCGACUGACACCAGUAGUGACCAUAAAAAGGACAACAGCUGGUUAUGUAUUGGAAGCUCUGAUGGCCUGUAUGUGGUGGAUCUGGCUACCUCAGAACUCCUAACAGUACUAUAUUUCAAAGACUACCCCAACCUGAGCAUCACAGUGGCUGGGUCAUGGUCAGUCUCUCCAGGGUGGAAUAACUCUAUGGUGUUUUUAGUGAGCGCUUUGUUUACUCCAUGCGUGCUCUUGUUGGAGUUGGGUCUUUGUGACCUCAGGCAGAUCUGGACUUGUGGUGAAGGCUUUUCAGUUUUCCCAAGUUCUCCUCCAGUGCCUGAAUCUCCUCUGAAUGCUGACUUUAAGAAGAAGGAGCCCAGCCAUCCUAAAAAGAAAGGAGGAAUAAAGGAGCAGCCUCUGGUCUUCCACUCGAAAGUGAAGUCAUCUGGAUAUACCAGUGCCCCAAGAAGAAUUAUGUUUUCACCUAAAACAAAUACUCAGAAGAAUCCUUCCUCUAAAAGGACCACCAAAGAUAAAGGUUUACUCCUCAGAGAUUAUCCAGCAGACAGUCCAGCACCUACUAUUCCACACAUUGAUCUAAGCACCGGCAACAAACCAAUCUACUGCCUUCAGUAUUCAGGUGAUGGAAAACAAGUCCUGUGUGGUCUUGGAGACAGCUCAGUGUUUUUGUAUAAGUCCUCCCUUAGUGGCAAUCCAACCGUCUACACAGGCCAUGAUAAGCUAGUGAGCAGUGUGAGCUGGAGCCUCAACAGACAGUGGUGGUUGAGUGCGUCAGAAGACCGGUCACUCCGAAUCUGGACCCAUGGCAGUCCAGAGCCUGCUAUUAUCAUGGGCAACAGGAUGUUCUCCAAACCCAUUAGAGGUGCUCAGUUUUAUUACCUUGACAAAUUUUUGCUUCUGGCAUCUGGUCCAUCUUUAUACUUAUACCUGUAUAAUGUGGACAUCACACAUGACGACAUCAAAAGGUAUCAGCAACAGAGUGUCGUCAAAUUGGCAAAAUGCUUCCAGAUGACAUCAGCAACAGACAUCACUGCCUUGUCUGCAAUCAGUGAUUUCUUUUCUUACAUCGUCCUGGUGUGUGGUUCAGACCGCUCCAUUCAAGUAUUUGACAUGAACAAGGGUACAGUUGCCUCGGAGCUGCCCGAUGCCCAUAGCAGAGCCGUCCACUGCGUUACACAAAACAAGGGCUCCAUGUUCAGCACACAGGCACCGGAUUCAUACAACCUCUUCCUCACCAGUGCAGUCACAGAUGGGGUGAAGAUUUGGGACCUCCGCACACUUAGGUGUGUACGGCGCUAUGAGAACCAUCUAAAUCGCUGCCACCCAUGCUCGUCAGCCAUCUCACCAUGUGGCCGGUUCAUUGCCUCAGGAUCUGAGGAUAACUGUGUUUAUGUGUAUGACAUCCGCAGCAGCAGCUACCUCCACAAGCUUCAAAAACACUCAAACGCCGUGCUCAGUGUGGCUUUCAACCCUGCCACACCAGAGCUCCUGACUGGGACCCUGGAUGGGAAGCUGCGACUCUUUCAGUCCAACAGCGGGGCCCGUCUGUCUCACGACACCAGUGCUGCUGUGCAGAGCGUCCCCAGCAUGACUGUGUAA